AUGAGUGGAAUGAGUGACAACAACAUCAUUCAGGGAGACAGUGGUAAGUUCACAAAAGAACAAGAACUUUUGUGGGAGGAAAAGGAUGCGCUGAACAGGUCGCACGCAUUGGCAGACAUAUUGAUUGACCAAGCUUUUGAAGACAAUGCCUCGAUGGAUCGACAGACUUCAUCAAUGAAUCGUGUGAAUGACCGGAUGAGUCAAUACAAAGGGUCACUGCUUGACUCUGACAGAAUCACCAAAUGCAUUUCAUGGCAUCAGUGCAAAAACACGAUUGUGUUGGCAUUAGUGUGUGCGUUAUGUGUCUUCUUUUUAAUCUGGUAUGCAUUCCUCUAA